GAAAUAUCGUUAUUUGAGACCAAUAUUCGUUUCAUGGGAAGCCUGCUCGCCUGUUACGCUCUCACGGGGGAUGUAAUGUUCCGGGAUAAAGCGGCACAGCUCGGUGAACGGAUGCUGCCUGCCUUCCAGACGGAAACCGGAAUUCCUCAUUCCCUCAUCAACCUUCAUACUGGGGCAAGCAAAAAUUACGGUUGGGCGAGCAGUGGCUGCAGUAUUUUAUCUGAAAUCGGAACGAUGCAUCUUGAAUUCACCUACUUGAGUGAUAUAACGAAUAAUCCAGUGUUUAAGAGCAAAGUCGAAAACGUGAGGAAAGUCCUGAAGAGCCUGGAGAAACCAAAGGGUUUAUAUCCGAAUUAUAUUCAUCCGAGAACAGGGAAAUGGGGUCAACAUCAUAUGUCGCUCGGUGGGCUCGGCGACAGUUUCUAUGAGUAUCUGCUAAAGGCCUGGAUCCAGUCGAACAAGGAGGAUGUUGAGGCACGCGAAAUGUAUGAUCAGGCUAUAGCAGCCAUAACCGAGCAUAUGAUCAAAACGUCCCCUGGGAAACUCGUAUAUGUGUCGGAUUUAAAAUACGACAGGCUUGAGCACAAAAUGGGUCAUUUGGCUUGUUUUGCCGGCGGUAUGUUUGCUCUGGGCGCGAAAACUCAGGAAAACGAGUUAUCUGAUAAAUAUAUGAAUAUCGCCGCCGGUCUGACCAACACGUGUCAUGAAUCCUAUGACAGAAGUGCUACGAAACUUGGCCCAGAAGCUUUUCACUUUAUCGAAAACAAUGAGGCCAGAAGCUUGAAGAAUGGCGAGAAAUAUUAUAUUCUGCGACCCGAGACUUUCGAAUCGUACUUCGUGAUGUGGCGACUAACGAAAGAUCCGAAAUAUCGCGAGUGGGGUUGGGAGGCGGUUCAAGCAUUGGAGAAACAUUGCCGAGUCCCCGGAGGAUUCACGGGACUUAACAAUGUUUACAUAGUCGACUCGGCGAAAGACGAUGUUCAACAAAGUUAUUUCUUCGCUGAGACAUUGAAGUAUCUCUAUUUGUUAUUUAGUGACGAUGAUCUCAUAAGCUUGGACGAUUGGGUAUUCAAUUCCGAGGCUCAUGUGCUUCCUAUCAAAGGCAAUCCUCUAUAUCGUCCAGCUUCUGGUUCUUUAUAAACCUCAAGUUUACAACAAUUUGAACGAUAUUGAUUAAUUCUCAUUCAGCAAUGAUGGAAUCGACACGUAAUACGGCGAUACACAAUGUAUCAGAAUUACAUAGCAAUCGAAGAUAUUUACUCUAUUACGAAACAACUUUCUCGCUUUUGUUAUAAUAUUAUGUAUAUAAUAUUAUAUAGAUUAUGAAAGAAAAUUUUGUAUACCGCGACAAAACAAAAAUAUAACACUGCAUCAACAUUUUUUUUUCUUCGCGAUAUUACAAAAAAUUGUUUAUUUGAUAAGUUUAAUUCAAAACAAUUACCUAAUUUCCGUAUAUGUCCUAUAAUAUAAAUAUCCGAUUUUGAUUAUGUAACACAAUUGAAUCGCAAGUUAAUGAAGAUGAAGGAGAAUUAGUCUGUCUUUCAAUUCAAUCACGAGCGAUAAACAUACAUACGCAUAUACUUUAAAUUAACAUAAUUAUUUUAGGUAAACAAACGAGAGAAAGUGUGUGUGAGAGAAAGAGAAAGCGCGAGGAGAAUGAAAGUGAGAAGAAGAAAAUAGAGAAUGUUAACGAACGUUAUUUAAGCCACAUGUUUGUAAAUAGCGAAAAUAAAACGAGUGAGAGUGAGAAAACGAACGAGAGAACUAUUAAAAUAGGACAAAAUAUUGUGAGAGUAUGAAUGCUUCGCCAAUUUCCUUUUUCAGCUGUAAUGCAAAGCAGUCUCUAUCAACACUAAAACAUAAAUGUAUUUGAAACGUUGUAGCUAUAUACGUUCGCAACUUUUCACUUUUUUCUAAAGAUCACGAGGAGAUUCAGUACGGAUUUAGCCGUAUUUCUUUCUUUUUCAUCAAUUGCUUUGAAAAAAAUAUCAUUUUGUCAGAAGCACACGAAGAAGCGUUAUUAAGACUGCGAAUUGUAUCACAAUAUAUUUUAGAAAAAAACUACAAUAAUAUUAAAAAUCAAAUUGUUAAUGUUUUUUCUGAAGUAAAAUCUUUGACAAGUUUUUUUGCGUACAUGAAUUUAAUGGAUUGCCAAUUGUGAUUGCUAAUUGAUACUAUGUGAAUUACAAUAAUGUUUUUAUACAGCAUUACAAAAUUAAGAAGGAUGCGAAUUUCAUAUCGACGAUGCCAAAACAUCGAUAAACUUGUUUUGUAACGCUAAAAAAGAACAAGAAUAAAACCGUCAAUCAAUCAAAAAAAAAGAAGGAAAAAGAAAAAAAGAAAGAGCGAGAAAUUUAGCUAAAAAAUCAUUAUAGUAUCAUUUUUUAAAAUGUCCUACGCAACAUUUUAUAACACUAAUAUUUCACACGCAUCUCUUUUCUCGAUUUUUAUCGAUGUUCUUCAAAAAGAUUUUGACUAUCCAGCAAUUUUGCUAUCCUCCAAUUCUAUCUCCCUCAACCCCUUUUUUAACAAAGAAAAAAUAAAAAGUACAUAAAACCAACUGUCAAUCUCACGAUUGCGAUUCGAGCGUGCGUGCUUUUUGUAUGGCGAAUAAAUCGAAGUAAAAUAACAUAAAAAGGAAGCCCGCGGGAGAAAAUGCAGAUCGAAUACAGUCGUACAUUCGCAGCGAACGAUAGCGAUCAUUACUGUGAGUCAGUCGAAUGUUGUAGUUGUAAAGCAAUGUAGCAGCCGAUUAACUAGCAAAGUCUAUAAUGAGAGAGAUAGUAGAUAUGUAUAUAAAAAUUACAAGAAAGUCAUAUUCUAUACAAGGAGUGCAAAGUAUAGAGUGGAAUUUUAAAAGAAACACCAUAUAAUUGUAUAGUGCUUGUACUGAACGAUAAGAUUGAGUCGUCCAAAUCGGAUUCUGCAAUAUUCAUCGAAAAACAAUUAGAAACAUGUAUCCCAAAGACACACAUUUUUGUUCAGGAUUAAAGUUAAAGUUAUAAUUGCACAGGAGAUGAUAUCAUUUCUUAAAUAUUGAUCUCCGAUAGGUUCUUGUUUUUUUUUUCUUUAUAAAUUCAUGCAAAUAAGCUAGUUUUGUAAAACGCCCUCCUUUAAUAAAUAUAAUUCUUAUGGUGUCUCUUAUCGAGUUUACGAACAAUCAGCGUCGCACUCUUCGGUGAUGAGAACGACCAGAAAGUUACUUAAUGUAUACAUAGUACAGUUCUCACGCUAUGUUUUUCGUUAAGAUGAAGUUCCAAAGACAAAAGACUUCGAAACAUCAUUUUCAACAAACGCGCGAGAUAGAAAAAUAUAUACAUAGAAAGAUUUAUAAUUAUGAGAUUUAUAUAUACACGUACACGAGCGUGCACGUAAACAUUCAUUCUUGUGUGUCCGAAUGAUAGCAAAAUGAUUGAAUGCGCGACUAUAUAUGAAUAUUAUAUGAAUUUUAGCGCGUGAUAGUCGAUAAUAACCGCAUUAUCGUUUUCAUUUCACGUCACCGUCGGACCUCCAAGAGGCUCAAGCGGUUCCAUCAUAAUUCUUGUCAACGCAAUUUCGACAUUUAAUAUUAAGUAUCUGGAAAAGAGUUGCACCAAGUUAAUCAAUGUUUAUCAAGUUGAUGAUUAAGACUACAUUAUAGCUACAACUAUAUUAUGUAGAGAGAAACAAAAAACUGAAGUAUUAAACGAUUUUUAUCAUGCACGUAUAAAAAUGUUACGUAUAGAACAAUAUCUUUGUAUAUAUUUCUAUGCGCAGCUAUCAUUCUUUGUGUAUCUCAUAAAUGAAUUACGAUCAGUUAACUAUCGGUGCAACUCGCUCAAGAGAAUUUAUAAAACAAUGUACAAUGUCACAUUUAAUAAGAUAUCAUCAUAGAUAAAAUUCAUUUUGUAACACAAGAUGCAUUUUAUACCACAAAAAAUAAUCUUUCAUCCGUAUUGUUGAUAACUAGAAUGCACUAUCAGAAAUUAGUGACAUUUUACGGUGAAUUUUCCUUAUCGCGCGACGUUUAUUCGCGAUAAAAUAUACACGAAUGCUGGCACUUCAAUAGGCGAUCGUCUCUCAAUGCAUUUCAAUAUCGUUCGAUUAGGAAGACUCACCAUCAAACCUCGUAAACUUCCAAUUCUCAUUAACAACACAAAUACAGUAAGCUAUAUCGUGUGUAUGUAAGAAUAAUGAUAACAACAUUGAGAAUAACGGCGAGGAAAUGGCAGUGUCCGGCGACGAUGAUGAUAGUAAUAACGAUAGCCUAUACAUACAUUGUGAAUAGAUAUUUAAUAAUUUAUUGUUAACUAGAGUAUUUUACUUGGAUUACUUCACUGAAUGGGGUUUUGGGUACAAUAAUCUUUUGUUAUGGCAGAUAAUGGGGCGCUUACAGUUUGUUUAUUUGAGUGAAAGGAAUUAUAAAGGAGAGAUAAAGAGAGAAGGGAAAAAGAAUAAAAACUAAACUUCAGCUUUACUCGCCUGGUCUUUAUAUGAUGAGCAUGAGCUACACGCGUCACAGAAUAAAAAAAAUAUAUAUAUGUAUAUCGUUGGAGAAAAAAUAUGUCACAAAGUUUUUGUGGGAUGCGAACUAUACUUGUAAAUACAGUACACAAUCUAGUGAUAAUGGGGUUUUACUUUAACAGCUUUACGUAAUUAUUACUUUGUCAUGAUCAGUGAAAUAAAUAAAUAUUGAUAAUAUGUUA